AUUUGUAGACCAUGAAAGAAAAAGCCCUAACGCCAGGGGGAAUCGGGCUUCACUAUAAAAUCUGCAAUAUGGUGAUUUAAAGGGGAAAGACAGAUGUGGCUCACAUUAAUCAAACUUUAGCUUAAGUUUAAGCGAUUAUAUUCGCGAUAAUUACUUUUUAACACCUGAAGCCUUUUUUGAGUGAGAUCGGAAAUCUGCAGCAACACGUGGACUUACUCCAUUGUCUCCAUCACCUGUCCACACAAAGAACCCACGGACAGAAGUAGAAAGGACUGGGACGAGCUUUCCCCCCUUAAAACAAAACAGCUGCAGCAGACAUGUCUGAGAAGAGGAGGAAGCUAUCAACAAGACCUGACACGACUUCUGAAUCUUGUGAUCCAUCAGACAGUUCACAGAAGAGUGUUGCAGAGUCCACAGGUCCCAGCUUUGUCUCCCUGAAAAGUGAUCGAUCCAGGAUGGCUCCACCCAUUUUUGGAGAUGAGAAAUCAAAAUGUUUUCAGAGUGCAACUGAGUCUGCAAGUUCAGUCUCCACACAGUGUGCUAAAGCCACACACCAGCAGCUCAGUCAUCUGAGUGGGGAUGUGAGCACCUGUUCAGUGUGUAAGAAGGUUUUGAGGGAGCCAAUCCAAUUUGCUUGUGGACACUGGUCAUGCAAGCAGUGUGUGAGCUCAAACAGGGACUGGUCUGGUUCAGAAGCAGAAAACCCCUGCCCAGAGUGUGUCAAAAAAUACCAGUUUAAGAAUGGUGAAGACACAGGGAACAUCCUCCUUGUGAAAGCUAAAACAAAUCUGAGAGAAGCAAUGAAAAAUAAAUUUACCCUGACAUUUGAAGGUAAUGGUGACCAAGAAAAUCUACUGCAGAGCAUCUACACAACACUUUUUAUCACCACUGGAGAAAUUGAAGGGCUGCAUGAAGAGCAUGAAUUCAAAAGUAAAUGGAAAAAGCAAUCAUCUCAGGAUUCCUCAGUCAACCUCAGUGACAUCUUCAGACCAUUGUCUGGCCAUGAAAAACCCCACAGGACAGUCUUAAUGAAGGGUGUUGCAGGCAUUGGGAAAUCCUUUGCUGUGCAGCGAUUCAUUCUUGACUGGGCCGAGGAGAAGGCAAACCAAGAUGUUGAUUUUGUUUUCAGUCUUGCUUUCAAGGAGCUGAAUUUAAUUACAGGUGAGGAAAGUCUGCAUGAGCUCCUGACUUUGUUUCACCCUGAUCUCAAAGAUUCGGUGGAUUACACCAAAACCAGGAUUGUCCUGAUCCUGGAUGGUCUGGAUGAAAGCAGGUUUCAGCUGGAUUUUGAGGACAUUAAGAUGGUAACAUCUGUCAGGGAAGCAGCACCUGUGGGUAAUCUCCUAGCAAACCUCAUCCAGGGGAACCUUCUUCCUGAUGCAAAUGUCUGGAUAACUUCCCGUCCAGCAGCAGCCAAUCAGAUCCCUGCAGAGCAUGUUGACAUGGUAACAGAGAUAAGAGGGUUCAAUGACCCUCAAAAAGCAGAAUACUUCAGGAGGAGAUUUAGUGAUGACCCGGCUCUUGCUGAAAGGAUCAUUAAACAUAUUGAGUCUUCACAGAGUCUCGACAUCAUGUGUCAGAUCCCGAUCUUCUGCUGGAUUUCUGCCGUGUUAUUCCAGGAAGUCUUUGGAGGAGAUGAAGAAACUGAAAUUCCUCAAACUCUUACAGAGAUGAUGUCGCACUUCCUGUUUGCUCAAAUAAAGCGCAGAAACAGAAAAUAUGACAAGACGGCUGAGACAAACAAAGAGAAGCUUCUGAAGACACACAGAGAAUUUCUUCUGAAACUCGGCAAGCUUGCAUUUGAUCAGGUGCUGAAGAACAACCUCAUCUUCUACGAGGAAGACCUGGAAGCCUGUGGCAUCGACAUCAAAGAAGCAUCCAUCUACUCUGGAUUUUGCUCCACAGUUUUUCAGGAAGAAAAAAUCUUUUCCCAGAAAAAAGUCUUCUUCUUUGUGCAUCUGACCUUACAGGAGUUCUGUGCAGCUCUGUACGUCUAUGAGUGCUUCAUUAAAAAUGAAACCACAGAGCUCCACAGUUUCCUCAGUUUAGAGGAAAAAGAACAUACUUUAGUUGAACUUCUGAAGAUGACAGUAGACAAAGUGCUGGAUAAUAAAAAUGGCCACCUGGACUUCUUCCUGAGGUUCCUCCUUGGCCUCAUGGUUGAACCCAAUCGGAGAGUCCUUCAGGGUCUGCUGACUCCUCCAGAUUCACGUCAAGAUACUGACAAGAAAAUCUUGACUUACAUCAAGUCUGUCCGAAGGAAGACCCUCUCUCCAGACAACCACAUCAACCUUUUCCAGACCAUGGUUGAGAUGAGAGACCACAAAGUCAAAGAUGAGAUUCAGGAAUAUCUCAAACUGUCAGAUCAUUCAAAAACAGAGUUGUCUCCUCUGCACUGCUCUGCGCUGGCAUACAUGCUGCAGGUAUCAGAGAAUGAUCUGGAUGUCUUGGACUUAAAGAGUUACAACACAACAGAGGAGGGAAGAAGGAGGCUGAUACCAGCAGUGAGGAGCAGCAGAAAAGCCAUACUAGCAGACUGCAAAGUGACUUCAAAGUGGGCUGAGCAUUUGGCUUUUACUCUCAAGUUCUUCUACUCAUCCCUGAGAGAUCUAGACCUGAGCAACAAUGACCUGAAAGAUUUGGGGGUGAAGUUACUUUGUGAUGGACUGUCAAGUCAGUGCUGCAGACUGGAGGCACUCAGGCUAUCUGGUUGUCUGGUCACCGAGAUGGGCUGCUCAUAUCUGGCUUCAGCUCUGCAGUCUAACCCCACCCAUUUGAAAGAGCUGGACUUGAGCUACAAUCAUCCAGGAGAUGCUGGAGAGAAGCAGCUGACUGAGCUGAAGAAUGAUCCUCGAUACAAGCUGAGCACACUCAGUUUUGAACAUGGCGGGAGUCACAGGAUGAAACCAGGAUUAAAAAAAUAUGCCUGUGAGCUCACUCUGGACUCCAGCACAGCAGACAAGAAACUACGUCUCUCAGAAGAGAACAGAAAAGUGACCUGGGUGGAGGAUGAGCCUCCACAUCCUGAUCACAAAGAGACGUUUGAUCACUGGCAGCAGGUGCUGUGUGAGCAGAGCCUCAAUGGGCGCUACUACUGGGAGGUGGAAGUGUUUGGACCUUUAAGCGUUGGGGUUACAUUCAGAAGAAGGGACGUUAAAGGAAAGACUAAUUAUUUCAAGAUGGGACACAAUGACAAAUCUUGGUGUCUGGUUUCCUCUGAUGGUGCUUUUUACAUUAUGCACCACAACAAGAAGGUAGAGGUGCCUCUGGCUGGAUGGAGCACCAGUCGGGUGGGUGUGUACGUGGACUGGCCAGGGGGCACUCUGUCCUUCUACAGGGUUUCUAGUGACAGCUGCAGCCUCCUGCAUACCUACAAAACAGCCUUUAAUGAGCCCCUCUAUCCUGCUGUUGAGCUUCACACUCAGUCAUCUGCAGUAUUUUGUCAAGUAACAUAACCUUCACCAAGUGUUACCAAGUACAUCCACACACAAGUGGUUUCCUCAAACUGAUCAAUUUAAAAAAUUUAGCACAUGAAAACUGAAUAAAACAGACAAAGUAACAAUUAACUCUUGAGAAAAUUAAUGAAAAAUAUUAACACUAAAGACUUGCAUACUUAUUGAAUAACAAAAUACAGACAUAAACAUGUACAUACCUCAUUGGCUGUGUUCGCUUACAAAAAAAUUAGGCUUAAUUUCUUUCCUUUAGCCUCCUUUUGCUCUCUGCCCAACUGACAAUAAUUUUGCAGCAAUCCUGCUGUUGGGUUGUAUUUUUACUCUUUUUACUUAAUGAACAAAAUUAUAAUGCUUUAGGGUAAAAUUCCAAGAAUUGAUUCAUUAAUUAAUGAAUCAGAUCAGAUAUUUUUAUGAUGUCGACCAGCAUGUAGGCUUGGGUGUGGCUGAGCAAGUGAGUAGAGGCAAUGAUUGUGGUUUGAUGACAGGUUGCAGGAGAGGAGAUGUGAUGAGGGCCCAAGGACGCAGACUUGACACACAGCCAGAAGCUAAACACGACCAGAACUGAAACCUAAACACAUAGGGAAAACACCAGGAUGCCAAACUAAAUACAAGACAUGAGGCAAGGGACUAAAACAUGGGAACAAAAUAUACAUAGACAGAACGACAGAACAGGACAACACGGAAAGCAAAAACACAACGCAGCCGUGACAUCAAAGGGAUACAGAAACCUAACACAAAUGCCUAAUCAAAAAACCAUGGAAAUCUAAAAUCCUAAUUCAUAACACAGAAAAGACAAGCCUAAUACAAAACAGAGCAGAAACCAAAAAUGCUGGGUCAAAAGGACCCAGGACAUGACAGUCUCCUACUCUUUGUGUCUCUCAGGUGCCGUUUACACGAAGCCGUUUUCACUGGAAACGGUGUCGUUUUGAUGCGUUUACACGAUGGCGUUUCAGAAA